GGAUGAAAACAAAAAGUAUUACUGUGCUCUACAGCAGCAGAUGCCAGAACCCCAUUGUGUCGAGGACAAUGCGUUUGUAAGAGGGACAGUCUAUGGCUUACAGUUUGCAGUCAAUGGGUCAAGAAGCUGGAAAAUCUGCAUGGCCAAAACCAGUAGGUGGAUAUCAGACUGUUACGGGCAGAAGAUACGGAAGAAGAUAUGCUUAUGUCAAUUUUAGACCAUCUUUGAAUAGCCAAGAUGGAAGUGUGCACCAACACAAUGGAGAACACGAAGGAUUAGAGCUGGACAACGUUCAGGAAGAGAUUUCUUUAUGUCCCAGGCCAUUGGUUCAAGUUUCUUCACGUUUAUUGGAUGAGACGCUGUUAGAAAAUACUGCAACUGGAGAACCUGUUCGUCAGGCUGUUUUGAGCCAAAUUUCUGAGGCAAGCACUUCAUUUUCUCUAGCCUCUUAUGAAGCGGAAGGCAACCAAAUCUUAGGGAACAUUAUGAAUCCUGAUAAAAAUUCUGAGCACCUCACUGAACAUGUUUCUGGAGAGUCUAAUGAUUUGAAUAGUCACAAUGGUAUUGCUUUUGUAAACAUUGACUCUUACGAGCCAGAUAGCAGUGAUGGAGAAGAUGAUGAUGGACAAGACCAGCUUUGUUUGGCAAGAGAAGCAGGUGUAUUUCAGGAAACACUAGAUGACGUGGUUUCUGAGUUAGAAAAAGAUAUAGAGGCUUUCACUGACUUACAGUCCCGAUUGUCCACUCUCAACCACAGAAUUUCUAGAGAAUGUUGUGAGGAAGUGAGACCAGUGCCUUCAACAAGGUAUUUGAGCACAGAUUCAGACUUGAACCAUCCAAACAACAGGACAUUUAAAAAACCUCCCGCCGAAGAUCAAGCCAUACCAAAAAGUAACCUGAGUGGUGACAGUCAUGAAACACAACAGGUAAAUCUAGUAGAUACUGGAAUUAGGACCCCUGUAACAACUUGUUACGAAUUAAAUCUUGGUGAUGAGGAGACUGAACAAGGAAAUUCAGCUGAGCUAGUAGUGAGACCUAAAAUAAGAAAACAAAAUCCCACAAGCCAGUUGGAGAGAGAGACGGUUCUGCCUGAUGAUGAUGAAGAAAGUGUUAACGGGGAAAGUGAAACUGCUGAAAUCCGGCAAGGCUAUGAUGAGCAUACAUCGAGAAAUGACAAAGAAGAAUUGAGUUCCACUAUGUUCUUUGAAUCCAAAGAGUACAAAGGUCCCCAAAAGAACACUAGGAUAGAUCUAAGGAGAAAUACAACAGCUCAAGAACAAAAAAAUGUCUUAGAUGAUAGCAGUUUUUGGGAUGAGUUUGAAGACUGCAGCAGAUACUUCCCACUGCCCUACAAAGAUGAAGAAAGCUCAGAAUGUAGUGAUGGAGAAUGGUCUGCAUCUAGGCCUUCCUGUAUUGCUGCUACAGAAAAAGACCAGUCCUCAAGUGAUGAGAGUUGGGAGACUGUCCCAUGCAGGGAGGAACAUGAGCCUGAAGUGCAUAGCAGCCUCAGUGGUGUAGAAGUGUUUGUAGACUCCUGUUUACAAGGAGGGGAACGAACACUUUUGGAGGAAGGAGAGAUUCCUUGGUUACAGUACCAUGAAGAAAUAGAAAGUAGCAGUGAUGAGGAAAAUGAUCCAGUUAGUGAUCUUGUGCAUCCUGGCUUAUUUAUAUUGGAUGGAAACAACAACCUUGAGGAUGACUCCAGUGUGGGUGAUGACCUGGAUGUCGAGUGGAGGCUGCUGGAUGAGUUUGGUGAUGGCCUAGGAGUUGCUCAAGCCAUUUCAUAUGUGGAUCCCCAAUUUAUUACGUAUAUGGCACUAGAGGAAGACUUAGAACAAGCUAUGGAGAACGCUCUGGCACAUUUGGAGUCUCUUGCAGUUGAUGUUGAACAGGCUCAUCCACCAGCUACUAAAGAAAGCAUAGAUUGUCUGCCACAGAUUAUCGUCACGGAUGACCAUAAUGGUCAAGACCAGUGUUGUACUAUCUGUUGCAGUGAAUAUGUGAAAGAUGAAAUCUUAACAGAGCUACCCUGUCAUCACUUGUUUCACAAGCCCUGCGUCACUCUUUGGUUACAGAAGUCGGGAACAUGCCCUGUCUGUCGCCAUGUGCUUGCACCCAUGCUUCCUGAAGCAGCUGCUACAACUGCUUCCUUUCUAUCUGAUUAUGAUUCCUCAUCUUCUGUUCAGAAUGUUACAGGAGCUCCAAACUAGCAUCUGAAAUGAAGUCUCUUUCGCCAAAAUAAAAAUGUUAACUUUGCCUGUUAAAUUACAA